AACUGCAUUCUGCAUGGCAGAGGACAGAUUCAGGGCAGUCUCAGCAACACAGAUUUGGGUGGCUCAUAGCUUAUCAGUGGUUCUAUUAUUAGUUAAAAAUUGACAUUGAGAAUUAGAAUGAGUGUAAUUGUUUCUGGUUACCAGAAAUGCUCAUUCUUUUUUAGCCUGCAGUCUGGAUUUUUGUAGUUGUUAGCUGGUAACACUUUCUUCUCUCUUCAUGUUGUAAAUCCUUCUUCCGCUUGUAACUUUCCAAUGAAAGGAAACUAUUACAUACCUGGUAAUGUGGCGAUUCGAAGUUUUCAACAUUAUUGGGAACUUUAUGCUUAUGAUAAUAACAUAGUUUGAGGAUAAAAAGACGUGAACUGAGUUCAUUUGAGCAUUCAUGACUGUCUGUGUCUGUGUCAAGUUUGUUGGUUGGAAGAGGUUCUCUGCUUCUUGUUUGUUCUGCAUCUGUGGGAGGAUGCACAGAGGAGUUUUCUUUUUCAACUGCUUGUCUGACUGAUCCUUUUUGCUGCCUGCCAAUUGAAUGAUGGGCUGCUGAAGAAGGAAGCAGAAAGAUGGAAAUAUAGAUUGUUUUCUCUAAAGUGAAGGAACCAGAGAAUUCAUUAUUUUCUUUGUUAUCUCCACGGUGAAGGAAGCAUAUGCCUGGUUAUGGUAUUUCUUCUGCGCUACCAAAGGAUUGACAAUGUUGAUAUGUUUGGAUUGUGGAUGGUUUAAUUUUGUGGCUGCCAGGUGUAGUGAUCCGAUAUUUAAAAUAUCCUUUGCGGGAGGUUGUGUGAUAUUUGAUAACCUAAGUGGCAAAAUAGUCAUAUUCAGUAGGACUAGCUGUGAUGACCAGUUUGAGUGUGAAAUUGUUAUUGUAUCAGGGAUAAAUUGAUGCGAUCAAGCUUUAAGGCUGCUAUGUAGCAGUUAAUUGUGAGACUGUUAUUUCAGAUUCUGUGGGAAACUGAGAUCAAAAGUUGAUCUACUUUGUUAGAUUUCAUAUAUGAUUUGCAGAUUCUUUGGUUUUCUUUAAGAACUCUUUGCAAUGUCAAACAGGUUGAGAUGCCUUAGUCAUUCCAUAAUAACAUGUGAAAGUCAUGCUGGAAAGAGAUACAGGUCGUCCACGUGGGUUUGGUUUUAUCACAUUCUCAGAUCGUCGGGCCAUGGAUGAUGCUAUUAGGGAGAUGCAUGGGCGGGAGCUUGGUGAUCGUGUCAUCUCAGUGAACAAGGCUCAACCUAAAAUGGGAGGAGAUGAUUUAGAUCAUGGCUACAAGGGUGGCAGAGGAGGCUAUGGGGGAGACAGACCUCAUGGGCAAGAUGAUUGCUUCAAGUGUGGACGCCCAGGACAUUGGGCUCGAGACUGCCCUUCAGUUGGUGGCCGAGGUGGAGGUGGAGGUUCAUUCCCUUCACGUUCUAGGUUUGCAGGAGCUGGUGACCGUGGUGACCGCUUUGGAGGUGAUCGCGAUCGAUUCAUGGAUGACCGCUAUGAUGGAGGACGAUAUGGUCAUGGGGACCGUUUUGAUGGCAGAGACAAAUAUGGGAGCCGCGAUCGCUAUGCUGGUGACAGGUACGUUCCAAGUGGGGAUCGCAUUGCAAGCGAUAGAUAUGGUGGUUCAGAUCGAUAUGCAUACAGUGGUUAUGGCAAAGACAGAGCCUACGAUAGGGAUGGUGUUGGAAGAGGAGGCAGUGAUAGGUAUGGAAGUGGAGGAGGGCCUGCACGAAAUGAUAGGAGCUAUAGGAAUAGGCCAGGUCCAUAUGACAGGCCUGGCAGGGGAGGGCACUUUGAGCGCUAUUAAAUGUUUGUUUAAUGUUGAUUGGCACAAUGAAACCUGUAGCCUGUAGGUUUAUGCACUUGAGAAAUUCUUUGUUAGACUUAGUCUAUUAUGAACUCAAGACACUAUAUAUGGUGAAAUUUAUAUAUAAAAUAGGUGAGACUCAUAUAUAUAUUUUGGGUUUAUAA